CCCCGCGCACCGUGACGCUGCGCCGGCCGGCUCUUGCCCAAGCUGGAGUGCGUGGCGGUGGCCUGCCGUCAAUGGGCACGCGCCGCCCGCAGGCACCGCACCACUACAAAAGACCCCAGCUAGGAAGCCAGGACAUUCACUCGCCAGCUGACAGCGGUCGGUGGAACACGGUGAAGCAAUCCCCAGCAGCAUGAAGCUCACCUCGACGAUGCACAUUCUGUUGCUGGCAUUUGCCCUGAUGGCGCUGACCAGCGCGCAGUACGACUACGGAGAUGGAGGCGACUACGAUGGCGGCCACGGCGGCGGCGACUACGACGGCGGUCACGGUUUGGAUUACGAUGGCGGGGACUACGGUGGCGGCGACUUCGGAGGCGGCGACUUCGGAGGCGGCGACUUUAGAGGUCACGGCGGCGAUGACGACGGCGACUUCCGACACCACGGCGACGAACACUUUGGGGACGGCCACUACGAGGGCGACGGUCACGACCACUGAGCAGCACCCUCGGCUAGUGUCGACGCUGCGGGCGCCGCCCUCCGGGAGGGGAAGCCCGCAGCUGGGAGCCGCAUCCCGGGGGUGCUUGACUGGGAACCCAGCUCGGGGUCGGUCCCUCACCGGGAGCCCAGCUCGGCGUCGGCCCCUCGCAGGGAGCCCAGCUCGGGGUCGGUCCCUGGCAGGGAGCCCAGCCCGAAGCUAACCCCUGCCAGAGAGCCCAGCUCGAGGCUGGCCCCUCACAGGGAGCCCAGCUCGGGCGCCGCUCUUGACGGGGUGCUGCACGCGUCAUGUUGGCGUCAUCUACGCCUGGGAGCUGCGUUCAGUGCAAUUGUUAUGUUUUGACGGCCGCUAGUGCCUCGGCCGGCCCGAUCGAUCUAAGUCGCCUCAUUACCUCCGAAAC